AUGGCAGCGUCAUAUGCCGAUGCCGAUGGCCGUUGCGUGGCCUCCCCAGCAAGAGCCGAGCAGCCACGGCUGCAGAUCUUGAAACAGGCCCUGGCGCAAGGGGGAGCCAAGUGCAUCCCAGGCCUACGGCGCUGGGCCAAAGAGAAGCGGCAGUAUCGUGGAGAGGUCUUCAGCCUCGAGGAGGUGGAGGAGGCGGUGGCCGCCUGGCAGGCCUCCAAGGAAACUGGCGCAACCACUGCUGAAAAGGGCCAGACUGGUCAAACAGAUGUGACUCCACCACAGGUAGCAGCCCCAGCAGUGCAAAGUGUCAGCAGAGUUUUGCCUUGCAGAAAGGCGCCCACUCCUGCGCCGGCAGAAGCCAAGCCGGCCGCCGUCCCUUGGGGCGGCCUGAGAGUGACCUUGAGGUCCAAGUCUUGGCCUUGGCCCCUGACGCUGGAGGCAGCCAAAGUUGUUGCCCAAUCGAUGGGGCCUUGCCAUGACAACCUCAAAGUCAGUGCAGAUCUUCUGAAAACUCUCUUUGAGGUGCCUGAUGGUGCUCUCCAUCCUGACCUGGUCCUGGUUGCUGGCAGCAGUGGCCACCGGAGCCGCAUUGGGGCGCAUAAGGCCAUCUUGGCCAGUUUCUCGGACUUCUUCCGCUUGAAGUUUCAUGGCGCCUACCGCGACUCCGCUGAAUCGCUGGUGGAAGUCUCCUGGAGCCCGGACGUGGUACGCGCUGCGCUUCAAUUUCUGUACACCGGCAGCUGUGAGUUGGAUGUGGCCGUGCUGGGGGAUGUCAUGGUCAUGGCCGAUUUUUGGCAGGCCAACGAGCUGGCAGACGCGGCCGCAAAGUCGUGGUACGCUCUUCCCAUGGUUCAUCAACUGGAGGUGCUUUCCAAUUUGGACGAGACCUCGACGGUGCCCAAAGCGAUGGUAGGCGCCCUCGUUGAGUCAUUAACCUUGAGCUUCCAGCGUGCUGCGAACGAAUUAAUCAGAGAUGGACCGAGUCGGCAGUUGUUAAGGGAGAUGGGCGACUGGCUUUGCCACACGCCCGGAGCCUGCCUGGAUCGCUUGAAACACUGGCUGUCCUUGGAGGAGGAAGAACUCAGAGUGGCGGUGGAACAUUUCAUGCGAUCUGCUCUGCAGGCAGCCAACAGCAGUGAAGACCUGCGUAAGCUGCUGCGGCCCCGAGCCUUGAAAUCCUGGUUGCCCCCAGCCAUGCUGCAGCGCCUUGCAUUCCACUUCAUCGAACACGAGCCGGCCUUCAAGGAGGAAGAACAGGUGGCUUUCUGGGUCACCUGGUGUACUUCCGGAGGAUUCAGCUGCGAUACCUUAGUCGAAAUCUAUGAGGCCAUAGCUGCAGCCACCAAUGCGCGCGCUCCGUUGCUGACUCUGGUGGGAGGUGACCCUAAAGUGGCGCCAGCACUACCGGAGGAUCAAGUGGCGCGAAUCCAGCGACUUCUCAUGGGCCUUAAACGUGCCUUUGGCGUCGCCUUGGCUGAACAGAGCUACGUCAGCGACGAGUCGCGAUUCUGGCAGCGCUGGACGCAAGGCACAGUGCCCAACGAUAUGCUGCAGCACGCCGCUCAAUGUUUGGGCUUCUCUGCCUUGCACGGGAGGCCCUUCCCCGCCGUGAGCCCAGCCGUGGUGCGCGCGGCCUUGAGCGAGGCGCUGGCCAAGGCGGAGGUGGCCAUGCUCGCGGUGCAAGGACCCAAGGCAGUAGAAGGCUUGUACCAGCGGAAGGGACAGAAGUUUCAAUGUCAGAAGGGUCAGGAGACUCUCAUGCUGAUGUAUACAGAGCAGCAAACAGGAAAAAAGGAUGACAAGAAGUUGAACAUCAUCUGGAACGGCCUUCCAGUAGAUGAAUGGAAGAAAGCCAAAGGCAUUUGGUCCAUCCAAACAGCUGGCAGUGAUGAAGUCACACCGCCUUUGGCCGUCCUGCUCAGUAGGCAAGUCCCUUGGGGCUUGGCAAAAUCGCACUGGUGGCUUCCAGAUGCCGAGGGUCGCUUCAAAUUGGAGCCGUCCAUGGCCGUGGAACUCGAUGAGAUCAGUGACGCAGAGGCCUCAAAGUUGAAGCACAGCCUGAUAUCGCAACAUCUGCCGGAGCUCCUUGAGGUGGUUGACUCCCCAGCUGCACGGAAGCUGUGCCAAGCGCUUCAGCGGGAGCGAGCCGAGGCUGAAAGGGCUGAAAGGGAAAAGCAGAACGCAUCUGAUGCUGUCAGGUGUGAAGAGGAUUCGAGCGAGUGGCAACAGGCUGCAAGAGUCUUCGAUACGGCCGCAGCUCAGUUGUGCCAAAUCUUGCAGGAGCUUCAAGGGGCCGAUGCCUCGAUCCGCCGGAGGUUGUUGGCCAAGAAGCGUCGCCUUGAGACGGAUGAAAACUUCGUGGCGGCCUUGAAGCGCCUGGAACGCGAGGACGGACGUUCCUGAGAUCUAUAUGGGGCAAAGGAUUGGGUGACCUGAUCCGUGGAAUUUGGCGUGGGGCGCCGCGGGGUC